GAUUCUUCUAAAUGCAAGUUUGCUCUCAGAUCUGUUUAAGCAGAGAGAACACAGCCAACGUUAAGAAGCAGAACGCUGGCUCCUUUGAAGUUAACCUUGGGAAGUGGUUGUGUGUGCCUACUUCACUUGGGAGAUUCCUGCUGGGAGGCCAGAGUGCACUGUGACUUGGGCAAGCUGCUUCACCCCGCCCCAGCCUCCCCUGCUCUAAAAUUGGCAUAAAAAAUGUCAGGGCCAGGAAUCAUGGCCCCACCACAUAGGAGAAUUUAAGGAGGGUUUCUGAAGGGAGAGUGAGGAAACGGGAGAGGUGGUGUUUUAACCUGGAGGGGUGACCUUGGAGUGGCUUCCACCCCUAGACACCAAGGCACAAGGGGAGGGGCAGUUAUAGAAGGCAGCGGUGCCAUCUAGGGAUGGAGCGGGGCAGGGAAGUCACCCUCCUGGCCUCCUGCUCCUCCAGUCUGCCAGAGAUCGGGAGCCCAGGGGCAGGGCCUCAAAGCAGCAGGACACCCAUGUGCACUACUGCCCGCUCAUACAGUUAUUGUAAGGGAUAAAUAUAAAAGUUUCCAUACAAGGUCAGGCAGAGGUUCCUGGCAAUAAUAACUCCCAUGGCCCAGUAGAACUGAACUUCACACUUUAGGGAACAAAGUAGCUAUAUCUGAAGCGUAGCCCUUGCCGUGUGACUCUCCAGUCUUUAUUUAAAAAAAAGAAAUGGUUUUUGGUUAUAUUCAUUUCAGGGAGAGGGAGAGAGGGAUAGAAAGAAACAUCAAUGAUGGGGGGAAAUCAGCCGCCUCCUGCACACCCUUUACUGGGCUUGAGCCUGCAACCUGGGCCUGGGCCCUGACCAGGAAUGGUCAUGGGUCGACAGUCACUGAGCCACACCAGCUGGGCUCUCGAGUCUUUCUAAAGCCCCAUCCUGGAAUCAAAGUUCGUCCAACUUGGGCCAGGGCUUUUGUACGCACGGUCUCAUCUUUUGUACUCUGCUCACCUGGCCAGGUAAACGUGUUGAGGCGGACACAUUCCCAUCUGUGCUGUCCAGUUUGGUGCCCACUGGCCACAUGUGGCCGUGAGUGCUUGGAAUGUGGCUUGAAUGACUGAGUUUUUACAUUUUCAAGUUUUUUAAUUGAUUUAAAUUUGUAGCCACAUGUGGCCGAUGGGUAGCUUAUUGGACUGCACAGUUACAGCAUUAAAAGGAAAAUGAAGACCAAGUAACAGUGUGAGACACAGCUGAAUGGUUCACCUGGCAGUCCAUCUUCAGGUUUCAUGUUGCCAGGGCGGGGAGCCUGGUUUCUGCCACCUCAGCACAGACGGCAUCGCUUGCCAGCGGGCUUAGCUGCAUGCAGUGCUGGUGAUCGGGAGCCAUGAUGCCUGGGAGGCUGUUGUCCGCAGGAUCGCGGAGCACGUUGGAGGGCCUGGGGCGCUGGACUCUGGCCCCACAGGCAGCCCUGGGCCGGCUUCUGCAGUGCACUGCCCCCCGGCUGCUCUCGCUCAGCUGUGCGGACUGUGCCAAGGAACCCUCCAGAAAGAAACUGCUCUCCGAGAAGAAACUGAAAAGGCAUUUUGUGGACCAUCGCCGGGUGCUUGUCCGAGGGGGACGCGGAGGUGACGGGGUGAGCUGCUUCCACAGUGAGCCCCGGAAGGAGUUUGGGGGUCCCGAUGGUGGCGAUGGAGGCAACGGUGGCCACAUCAUCCUGAGAGUUGACCGACAACUCAAGUCAUUGUCCUCGGUCCUGUCCCAGUACCAGGGCUUUGAUGGAGAAGACGGUGGCAGGAAAAACUGCUUCGGGCGAAAUGGCGCUCUCCUCUAUGUCCAGGUCCCCAUGGGCACGUUAGUAAAGGAGGGAAACAAAGUUGUGGCUGACCUCUCACACCCCGGGGAUGAGUAUGUGGCCGCUCUGGGCGGGGCAGGAGGAAAGGGCAACCGCUUUUUCCUGGCCAACGAUAACCGCGCGCCUGUCACCUGCACCUCCGGGGAGCCUGGGCAGGAGCGGGAACUCUUCCUGGAGCUCAAGACCAUGGCCCACGCUGGCAUGGUCGGAUUCCCCAAUGCAGGCAAGUCCUCACUUCUCCGGGCCAUUUCAAAUGCAAAGCCCGCCGUGGCUGCCUACCCGUUCACGACCUUGAAUCCCCACGUGGGCAUUGUGCACUAUGAGGACCACCAGCAAGUAGCAGUGGCCGACGUGCCGGGCAUCAUCCGAGGCGCGCACCAGCACCGAGGCCUGGGGGUGGCCUUCCUCAGACACAUCGAGCGCUGCGGCUUCCUCCUGUUCGUGGUGGACCUGGCAGUGCCAGAGCCCUGGGCCCAAGUCGAGGAUCUGAAGUACGAGCUGGAUAAGUACAAGCAAGGCCUGUCUGAGCGCCCCCAUGUCGUCGUCGCCAAUAAGAUUGACCUCCCUCAGGCGCGAGCCAACCUGCCCGCGCUGCAGGCCCGCCUGGGCGAGAAGGCCAUCGCCCUGUCGGCGGUCACGGGUGAGAACCUGGAGGAGCUGCUGCUGCGCAUCAAGGAGCUGCAUGAUGAGCAUGCGGCCGCCAACCUGGCGCAGGGCCGCCAGCCGCUCAGGUGGUAGCACGUGGCUCUUUGCGGUAGGAGCUGCAGGUGGCACCUUCCCACUCAGCUCAGGCCACCUCUCAGGCCCCGGCAGCCUGCUCCCGGUGCUUCCUACACCCUCAGCCUGCUCUCUGGCACCCUGAGAGGCGCUUGUCCCGGAGCUAGCCCCUGAGUAGUAGGAACCAUGCGGCCCUGUGUGCAGGGAGCCAGCACAGCCGGAUCCGAGCCAGAGGCACCUGUUCUUAAGUGCCAGCCCAUACGUGAGCAGCUGUGACGCUGGACCUGAGCGUCCUUGGCUGUCCCCACACCCUGCAGAGCGGCUGGGGACAGGCGCCAUGCUCUGCUCGGACGCCGCCAUCUGAGCACUGAGGCGUCUCCCCUGUUGUCCUCAGACUGCGCCAAGCUCUGGGAGCUGAACAUGGCAUUGACUUCACGACUGAAUGCACCCAAUAUCCGGCCGGAGACGCAGCUUCUAACGCUCAUCUGUGCAGAGAGUUAUUAGCUGAUGGUGGCCGGGCUCCGAGAGGACAUGGGCUGGGUCCCCCCUGCGCUGUCCCUGCAGGGAUCAGAGAGACUGCUGGGCCUGCACCUACCACCAGCCUGUUGUCAGCGCAGAGAACCCCGGAGGCCAGGCCAGCUAGUCCAUGGAGAGUCUGUCUCUGCCGAGUGGUGGCAGCUAAGAGGCUAGGUGUUCCAUAAGCCCCCUGCCCACUGGCGCAGGGGGCCGGUGAGGGCGGUGCACUGCUGCCCACUCGCUCAUCCACUAGCGCACUCUGCAGCCACUGUUUUCCCAAAUAAAAUCUAAUGCUUCUGA